AGUGAAUUGAUGUUAUCUCCCCACUAUCAUAUUUGCUGAUCUGUCCCAAUGCGUUUGUAUACAAUGAAAAAGCGUUAUUUCGUUGUUGUCACAGUUACAUUCUCCCUAAUUAUUGGAUGUUCUAUAAUUUUUGGUCUAGUUGGUCCCAAUGUUUCAAAUUCCGUUACUGUUUCCACUUUGAUUCGUCCAAGUAUAACUAGUUUAGAAUCUAGUGUAUGCGAGGUAGAUUCUCCAUCUCUUUCAGUUUUUCAUCGUGAGCUGUGGUUAUCUGCUAUAAUUAAUCGUGCGCCCUUAGAACAAAAUGCCAAAGUAUCAGUAAAUAUCAAUACGUCUAUUCAAGUACAGAUACCCCAUCUAGCUACUGCUGGGAGUAGAAUUGGAAUGUUUAAAUCAGAUCCGAAUUAUAAAACUUUUGUAGUCCAAAUGGGUCCAAUUCACAACCGGACUAUUCAAGUGAAUUGUCCCGAUACAAAAUGUGACGAACUAUUCCUAUUUCAUCUUAUUCCAGUUGAUUUCACCAUUUAUAAAUUCCAUGUAACAUUCUAUCAUGAAUUAAGUAAUAAUCAUUUAAAAUACGAAGAUUAUGAAGGCGAACAUUUAUUAUUUAAAAUAAUCAGUGUGGAUUUCAUUUUUCAAUAUUAUACUAUUGAAUUUACUUAUAUGGAAUUAGUAGUGAAGUUCAUACUUUUUGUUAUUUCAGAGGCAGUUACUAUUUGGUUUUAUAUUAAGAUGAAAAAAUUCAGUCUUAAUUAUUGGACAAUUGAACAGUGUUGUAUGGCUAUCUUAUUGCCUCUACUCAUACUUCAUAAUAGUAAGUAUUAAAUCAUUGAAUAAAAUGUAAACCUAAGAAUAAAAGAAAAAAAUUAUCUAACAGUUUUAAAUUAGUGUAUGAAUUACCGUAAAUUCACUGGUUUACACUGAUUUUAUAUUACUACUGAAAUGUGUACUACUUAUACAGACAGAUGUAAGUAGUAUGUAUCAGGAAUUGGAAGUAGGAACGUUACCGGCAGAGUAGGGAAAUGAAGAGAAGCAACAGGAAUAGAAGAACUAUGGAGCUUGUGAAAGAUUAUUCAAAGAAGAUGAGCAAAUUAUGUAUUCAAUGUAUUGUUUUCAUAUCUUCAAAAUACAAUGUGUGAUUUCCCUUAAUACAAUAAAGUGGCUUACCCUACCCAAGUACUUCGUUCAUUACAAUACUGUUACUAAACUUAAAAUAAUCUGUUCACUAGAUUUUGAUGGAUUAUGUCUACAAUAAAGUACGGACUGAGAGAAAGGUGAGAGUCAAUUUAAUAACAAAAAGAGAAUUCAGCGAAGAAAAUUUUAUUUUCGAUGAAAUCAUUUACUUAAGCUGUACAUUCGUAUAUACAGAUAUAUGGAAAAUGUAUGUCUAUAGGAAGAUAGAAAAGAUUGCAUAAUAAACGGAUUCGAGACUAAAUAACAAAUGAGGUUACGUAUUAAUAAAAGGGUAAGGAAAAAAAAUAAUUUAUGGGUCAGAUAAUAGUCCAAUUGACAGAUAUGAAGACAAACGACAAACACAAAGGUCAUAAUAAUAAACUGAAUAAUAAUAAUAAUGUCAGUCAGUCAGCUACAACGUAGGACCAGGCACAUGUAUGCAUCGGCCCAGGUUGCCAUACCUCAUUAGCACAACAAGAUGAACACCGGAUUCAUAGCAGUGGUUAGGUCAAAGGUAGUAAUAUGUAAGAGAAAGAUUGCAUAUAGAGAUAUAGUACAAGAAGAAAGAAUUGGUUCGUAGAAAGAAAGAUGUGAAGUGAUCUUAAUCUCUUAGUUUAAGGGAAGACAGGGAGUGUAUACACCGACGCCAUUGUGAUCGAUUCUGAG